UGUUAUAUGUGUAAUGGGCUGAGGCUUGAGUUGAUGCACUGAGGUCCCAAGCACAUGAGGCUAAACAGCAAUUGGACCAUACGCUAUUAAUAUAUAUGCUUGGAGAAAGAAUGGCCCCCACCCACUCUUAGUACAAGUCCUGAUGUGUCGUAUAGGAAAUGAUGAUUUUGGUGGGUGGAGGCAGGGGGGCAGAGAAGGAAGUGGAAAGGGAGACUGCUGGCUGGCGUCUUGACACAACCCCUCGGACCGCAGCGGGACCCCCAAGAUCAUCCAGGGGGCCCUGCUCCAGAGAACAGCUCUGUUGGCCUCCCUGGGCCUGGGCCGGGACCUGCAGCAGGCUGGCAGCGGAGCCCGAGACAAGGGAGACGCCAUCCCCGAAGAGGCGUCGUUCCCCCCCCCCCCUCCUCUCAUUCGCUUUUCUCCCAAAACUCCGGAUGCCCCGCCCUCUCCAGCGAGCCCGGACCCUUAGGCACCUCCCAGCCCCCCUCUGCUUGACCUGGGAACCCCCGGGGGGGCAGCCCUUUGCCAAAAGCCCCCGUCAAGAGGAAGAGACGCGGGGUGGGGCUGUGUCCCUCCCUCCCAGGGCCUUCCGUCCUCCCCCUCCCCCCCGCACCCCCGGUCCCCAACGCUGGACCUCAUCGGCAGGCCCCGGCCUUCACCCCUCCGGAGCCGCAUUGACCCCUGGAGUUUUGUGUUCACUGGACCCCGGCCGUCCCCACUUCCGUCCCCACAGCCUGCCCCCCGCCGAGCCCCUUGGACCCUGUUCCCAGACUUGGACCCCUUCCGGGUCCCCCCACCUUUCAAUCCUUUUGGCCCACAGUCGCCCCAGAACAGCAGAGCCCAGACCAAAAGACAUGGGGGGCCAGGCUCCUUGGGGAGCCACAGAGCCAGAGGGGAGCCCCUGAGCGAGGGGGGCAAGGUGUACCCCACGAUGAGGUGGGAGUGUCUCGGCGCCUUUUGGGGAGGUGGAUGCACAUUGCUAAUCCCCCUUCACCUCUGCUGGCUGGCUUCCUGUCGCAACUGCCCAUAUUGCUAUCGCAAUCCCCCUUCAUCUCAAGAAGAAUAAAGAUUGAAGAUUUUUCCCUUAACCUGAAUUCCUGACUCCGGCUGAUUUUAAAUAUGCAGUCAUCACAACAUGAAAUGCAUGCAUGUUUAUGGGCACAAUGAAAUUUACAAGGCAGGAAGGCAACUGUUCAUACAAAAGCUAACUGAAAUCUUCUGGAUUAUUUUAUAAGAAGAAUUCCCCAGGAGUUCAAGGAUGCCUCCAUUAUCCAUUUCUCUAAAGAGGUGGGACCUUGCUGUUGGAUUGUCAAGACUUGGAAUCUUGCUGCAGGCCCCUACUGUAAAGCUGACUGCUGCAGUGCUCUUGGAUCGCCUGUUCUCACUCUACUCAUGCCCCAGUAACUUAGACCUUUCCUGCCAUGCUGGUCUCUUGGAGUCUUAUGCUGACCUCCCUCUCCCAAGAUACUGUUCACUACCUCUGGAUCUUUGAGCUCUUGAUCUUUUGGACUUCUAUAGUUUCUCAGAUCUCAUAGUCCCAGACCUGGGCCAUUGAGUCCUGCAUAUUGAAAUGAUCUGGUCGACACUGUGCUGGUAUGGUUCAGGUUUA